AGAGUCAGUGGUCCGGGUACCGUUAUACCGGUUAUACUAGCGCUCCAGCGGGGACCGUUAGAUCAGCUCCUGGUCCCGGCUCCAUCCCAGCGCCCUCACCCUCACAGGAAGUCUACAUUUAUUCAUUCUGUUGUGUUUGGAGGACUUUGUCCGGCAUUUCGGAACUCGGAGCGUCCGGGCUGGGUUGGGUCCGGAGCUGCUUUAGGUGGUACCGGAGCGGUUCUGUAGGGCUGGCUAAACUUCAUGGUUCUGCUUUGAACUCGUGUCCCUCCUCCCGAUAAGGUCCAGGCAGUUCGGCUCAGAGCUGAUAAACGGUCGGGUGCACGGGGACCGAGGUUCCGGAGCUCGAGACAGACCUCACGCGCUGCGAGUAGGACAAGCGCUGCCCAUAUAAGGAGCGCGGAUCCUGUCCCGUCGCGCGCUCCGGGUGGAUUCCGUCUCUUCCUUCUGUUGUCUUUAGAUUAAAAGUUUAGUCCCGAGCUUUAAGCACGGUCUAGAAACUUCUGGAAAGCCUUUGUUGGUAAACAUGAACCUCAGGUGUUCCUGCCGGCGAAGCCGCGGUAACGGUGCUCUCUGUUCCUGCUGCCGAAGAACUUUUCUCUCCACCCGGGCGGAGAACAUAAGGUUGUGUUGUUCAGGAGGAGUCUGGUAAUUAGUACCGAAGCUAAGGGAACCGUCCUCUAACAGGACCAGGGCUCUCUGGUUCUGAGAUGUUCAGAGCUACUCUGGUCAGGAACUCCUGCAGGCAGAGGGAGCUCAGGUCCAGGUGAGCUCCAGGUGUCCGUCAGCUCCCAUCAGGAGCAGCAGACUUCCUCUGGAAGUGGCCAACUACAGCAGCGUGGUGGAGCCGGGCUCAGACUCAGACGAUGAAGACAAGCUACACAUUGUGGAGGAGGACGGCAGCCUGGCGGAUGCAGCUGAAUGUGACAGCACGCUGCCAGACGAUGAGCUCCCGAGCGGGCACAGCUGGGAUCUAGUCAAGGCGGACUGUGCUUCAGAGGGUGAGGAUGACUUGAGCACGGAUGCCCUGGUGGAGGAGAUGCUCCAGCAAGGGGACACGGCUAUCAUUUAUCCAGAGGCUCCAGAUGAUGAUCCUAAUCGGCAAGGGACCCCCGAUGCCAGCAUCCAUGAUGAGAACGGAACUCCAGAUUCCUUCUCCCAGCUGCUCACGUGCCCUUACUGCUCACGGGGCUACAAGCGCUACAGCUCCCUGAAGGAGCACAUCAAGUACCAUCACGAGAAGACCGGGGAGAGCUUCAGCUGCACAGAGUGCAGCUACAGCUUUGCACACUGUGCACAACUGGAGCGUCAUAUGAACAUCCACAAGUUUGGGCGCGAUCAGAAGCACACCACACAGUCAACAGGCAACAGGAAGUUCAAAUGCAGCGAGUGUGGUAAAGCUUUUAAAUACAAGCACCACCUGAAGGAGCACCUCCGCAUCCACAGUGGAGAGAAACCCUACGAGUGCUCCAACUGCAAGAAGCGCUUCUCCCACUCCGGCUCAUACAGUUCCCACAUCAGUAGUAAGAAGUGCAUCAGUGUCAUCUCACCAAACAGCGGGCAGCGACUGAGUGCCAGAAGCCAGUCCCAGGCUCCGUCUCCAGUCCUCCCACCAUCACCUUCAGUCCAUUGCAGCCAGAUCAGGGAGAAACUGGAGCACAGCAAAACCUUGCAGGAGCAGCUCCCUCUUCACCAGGUCAAGGUAGAACCUGCGGACUAUGAGUACAAGCCAGCAGCACUGACGCCACCUCCUCUGACUGGUGGGGUUUUCAGCGGAGGUGCUGCAGCCUCUCUGCAGGGAACAGUGCAGGCAGUGGUCCUGCCCACAGUGGGGCUGGUGUCACCCAUCAGUAUCAACCUGGUUGACCUGCAGAAGGCACUCAAAGUUGCAGUAGACAAAAACGUCAUUCGCCAGGUGUUGGAAAGCAACUCCAAAGGUCAGAUGAACUCGGGGUUAACCACUGGAGCAGUUCAGCAACAACUCAUUUCAGCCAUCAAUCUGCCCAUUGUGGGUCAGGAUGGAAAUGCAAAAAUUAUUAUAAACUACAGUCUGGAUCCCAGCCAGGGCCAGCUCACAUCCCAUAACCUGAAGAAAGAGCAGAAACCAGUUUCUCCAACUCAGACUGCUCCUGACAUGUUCAAGUUCCAGAAACUCCCUGAGGAUCCUAUUGUCAGAGGCUGCAGGGCCCACGGGGAGAAGACAACAAGAACGUGUCUCCUGUGUGACAACUGUCCCGGAGGGCUGGAAGACCUUCAUGCCCUCAAACAUCACAAGAAAGGUGGUGUCUUGCUGAAUGGAGCGGGCCUGAAUAAGUCUGAGUCUGCCGUUUCUGCUUUGCUGUCAGGUGAAGGACUCUGCAACCAGCCCAAGAAUGUCUUGUCUUUACUCAAGGCCUACUUUGCCCUAAAUGCAGAGCCCUCCAAGGAUGAACUGGCCAAGAUCUCUGACUCCAUGAGUCUACCAAUCCUUAUGGUAAAGAAGUGGUUUGACAAAAUGCAAGAAGGCCAGAUAUCCUUUGGUGCUCCAACUCCUCCCUCAGAGGAGGAAGAUUCCUGUGAUGCCCACACUGUAGUGUCACUUGUCCAAAAAGAGAAUACAGCCACUAUGAUGCCCACUGUGAGCCAGGGCAGCCCCACAGAGGCCACGCCAGCAGAGGUCAAUGGUGCUCACAGUUCACCUGCCUCCCCCACACCAUUAAACCUCAUGGCUGGUAGUCCCAUCCUAGCUGACAACCCGCAGAGCACCGAGGGACCCCUGGACUUGUCGCUGCCAAAACAAGCUAGAGAAGAAGCUGACACAGCAAUACCCGCAGCCUGUGUUUACACUUCUGCUUCCUCUGGUGCUGACAGAGAGGAAGAACCCCUGAACUUAACUUGCACAAGGAAAGACACGUUGCCACUCUCAGCAAUAGGGGGUAGCCCUGUUGAACUGUACGCCAGCCAGCCAAGUGCCAAACCCCUUGACAUUGUCACCACAAUGCAAUGCCUGAAAGCGCUAUCCACCACUAACAAACAGACUAUCCUGAUCCCCCAGCUGGCUUACACCUAUACCACUACAGCUAACAGCCCAGCUGGGACCCAAAUGGACGAGACCAUCCAUCUCAACGGGAUCACGGAGGAGAGCAGCAUAGACGAACAGAAUGAUUCUGAUUCUGGUCCAGCCAGGAAGAAGAUGAAGAAGACCGAUGGCAGCAUGUACGCCUGUGACUUGUGUGACAAGAUCUUCCAGAAAAGUAGCUCGCUGCUGAGACACAAAUAUGAACACACAGAAAUGGAGACUCAGCAGACCAGGCAACAUUUUUCCAGUCUUCAACUGUCCAAGUUUGGGAAGCGACCUCAUGAGUGCAGCAUCUGCAACAAGGCCUUCAAACACAAACACCACCUGAUUGAACACAUGCGGCUCCACUCGGGGGAGAAGCCGUACCAGUGUGACAAGUGUGGGAAACGAUUCUCCCACUCCGGCUCCUACUCCCAGCACAUGAACCACCGCUACUCCUACUGCAAGAAGGACACGCAGAGCCAAGCAGGAGAUCAGGAUAGCCCCGAGGAGGAUGGAGAGACCCGGCCCGACAUGCAGAAUCAGCACAUGGUCCCUUUACUGCUAGACUCGGACGAAAGAGGGGGCAGCACCAGAGAGGAUGAGGAGAGUGAAGAAGAGGAGGAGGGCAUGGUGGAUAUGGACGAUAUCCAGGUGGUGCAAAUAGGAGAGAAGGGAGGAGAUAAUGAGACAGAGGAGCAAGAGGGGAGGUGUAAUAAAGGGAUUGUAGUGGUGAGCAGAGAGAAAGAGGAAGAAAAAGCAGAAAUGGAGGAGGAUGAGGAGGCUAGCACAAAGCAGGAGGUGCUGGAGAGUCUCGAUGGAGAGGAAGACAUUCAUAUGAAGGAGGAGGAGGAGGAGGCAGAGGCAAUGGGUACAGAAGGAGGUGUAACAGAGGAAACAUAUGGGGAGGUCCCAGAUAAGAUUGAAGAUGAAACAUCCAGGAGCAAGAAUCCUGAAGAUGAGAAGGGUCCCCAGAAGGAUGAGGAGCAGUAGGAGAUCCUGCCUCCUUCAUGAGACCCAAUCAGACUCCUCCUCUCCCGGUGAGGAGGAACCCAGAAGAUGAUGUCUGUGUACUCCAACAGUUCACUACUGUGUAGAAAUCCAGGUGUGCCUGAAAAAUACUUGUGACUUUUCUACGGGGGGAGCCGUGCCUCCCGUCUGUACGGAAGUGAUGAAGAUGAGAGUUUUAACAGAUGAAGGACGUUAAAUUCUACAACUGUGGAAGCUAGAGCUGACACGUUUUAUUACAGAAACACCUCGGGUCUUUCUUUUUGUCUAUCUUACUAAUGUUGUCACUCAUAUCCUAACCUUUGAAAGCUGUACAGUCUGGAAAUAUUUCUAUAUCUUUUUAUUACCAAUGAACAAAACUUCAGUAUUUUGUUAAGUUGGAGUAAAUUUAAAAGAAAACAAUCCUGUGCACUACAAGAGACUUGGUUUACUUACAGGUUGGAGGUUGUGUGUACCCUUCAGUAUUAGAUGUGCGGCGCCGUCACGCCUACAGCUACCUAGCAUUACACUUAUGUUGUUGUCUAACUGUGAACCUUUUCCGUUUCAGUGUUGGCACUCGGAAGAGUUGAGUUUCUUGGAAAAAGAUCCAAAACAUUUCCGAUAAAUGUUAGCUUAGCGCCCACUUGCACUGCUAAAAACCACUAAGGAGAUUUCGCACCUUGUUUAAUCUGGACGCUGAAGUGGUUUGGCACAUAAGUUACCUAGCAUGGAGAUGCUAAUGGGUGGACUAAGUCAAGCUAGCUGCUUCCGGAGGCUAAUACAUACUAAAGAAUAAUGCUUUAAAGGUGCAGUAUGUAAGAACAUAGUGAGAUUUUUACAGUGAAUCAUUUUGGAAGGAAGGAUCUACUGAAACAUGUUUCAUAUCCAGCUGGACUGUCAGGUUUUCUCCUUUUAACACAAAGGAAGGAGGGACGUAACAACUGUUUACAUCAGUGCGUGUGGGGUUGCCGUGUCUCCUGCAAACUAAUACCGCAGCUUGUAGUCAUUUUUACUUCACUUCUACAUACUGCACCUUUUAAUGUGGAGAGCAGAAAGCUGUUUACCCCCACCCCGCCUCAAAGCCUUAUGCAAAAAGUAAAUAAACGAAUAGAAGCUUGCAUAUCAGAAGUGCCAUUGAACACUGCUGUGCACGUGUCGCAGCAGCAAUCAGGUAUCAGCGGGUCCCCCAUCAACCCAACAACUACAGCACUGUUGCCCCCGCACAGUAAUUUAGUCUGACACUAGGUGGUGUUUAUUACUUACUUGAUGUUUUCUAAUCGGAACAAAUCCUAUUUACUGUGUACAUUUUAAAUGGAAUAACAUCUUGUUGUCCUGCCUUCUCUUAGCGUGUUUAUCACACCUCAGAAACGUCUCUUCAGGUAGCCACAUGUGGGCGAGAGCUUGUUUUACCCGUCAGUAUUAUUUUAUAUUCUGUUACGGUGUGUGUGUGUGUGUGUGUGUGUGUGUGUGUGUGUGUGUGUGUGUGUGUGUGUGUGUGUGUGUGUGUGUGUGUGUGUGUGUGUGUGUGUGUGUGUGUGUAUGUAUGUGUGCGCGUUAUCAUCAGUGGCAGUAUUAUUUCCACUCUCAACGAGCAGGUUUGCCUGUUUAUCCGUAGAGAACUUUCAUAUUUAUGUGUCUGAGUUUUUGUAUUUCUUUAUGCUUAUUUAUUACAGUAUGUAGUGUACAAUACUCUAGCUUGUAUUAAUACAAUAAUAUAUUUUAGUAUGGACAAGGAAGAAAAAACAAAUAACUGCAAGCCUGUAAAAGAGACUCCGGCACACUGAAGUGUGUUUUAUGAACAAAUGAAACAAGGUUUUUCUUCAGGGUGAAAAGACGAACAACUUUUGGAUCAAACGACCUCCUGCAUCUGGUCCAUGUUGGUUUUCUUUGCCCUUGCUAACAUGAAGCUACUGAUCUUCUGACAACUAAUCUACUAGCAUGAGUGUGUGAGGCUGUAACGAAGGAUGACCCUUACACAUGGACUGUUCCUUUACCAAGCCAAAAUAAUAUUGCUGUAUGUUCUUAUUUGUGCCAACAUGUUCCUUCCUUUAUGUUAGUGUCACAGCGGUUUUAUUACCACCCCCCCCCCCCCCCCCCGCACACACACACACAUUUUUUAUAAUGAAGAGUUUUGUUUUUCUUUAUUUUUUUUUAUGACUCCCCAUCUUACAAUAAAAUGCAUCAAUUACA